GUCGCAAACACAGUCCUGGUAUCGACGUACCGUCGCUGCCUGCCGCCGCCGCCGCCGCCGCAGCCGUCGCGCUACAUAAUAUUGUUAUUGUUGUUGUUGUUGUUGUUAUUGUUGUUUUUAUUGUCAUUACCGCCGCCGUCAUCGUCGUUGCUAUUAUUCUCGUGGUCGCCGCCGCCACCGACGCUGUUGUUAUUCUAGUGUCGUGUGUCUCUCUAAUUUUUCCGACCAUCGCAGUGUUGUGCGUAUAAUACUACAUCUCUGCGCCGCAUUCUACCCUCGCGCGACCGUUCAGUGGCCCGCGUCUCCGUGGAGUUCGCUUGUGUGUUCGUGUGUGUGUGUGUGUGUGUGUUCGUGUGUGUUUGUGUGUGUAUGUACAUGUCGUCACGUGCGUCCGCGAUCUAGUGUUGGUAUCAUCUCGUCCCCGGGGGACACUGGAAGAAUAUAACAACACAAGUUCCCGUCCGGUUUCGAAUUAUUGGCCAGCGAAAUAUUGAUUCGCAUCGUAUCCACAAUACUGACAACAAGUACAGAUUUCGGCACCCGAGUUACGCGAUCGCAAUUCGAUCGACAUACCUGGAUAUCGUCAUAAUAUUGCCAAAUCAAUAAUAAGUAUAGAAUAAUAUCUACCGCCGGCUGUAGAUAAAACAUCCACGGCGAGUGCGACCUCCGCCUGUACACCGUCGCAAUAUACCUACAUACCUAGCUGCCUACUUAUAACCUACCUACGCGAAUCCGGGACGAAUAAAGUCCUCGAUAAAAUCUAUCGUCACGAUAAAUCCGUUCUACGAACACGCAUACCGUAUAGGUAGAAACGCGUGUUUCCCAAGAGGAAGGUAUCACAUUAUAUUAUAAAAUUACAUUUGAACGAUCGUCGUGCAGUGUGCGUGGGCGUAGGUACACGUGUGUCGAUUGCAAACUUACUCGUCCAGCCAUCGAAUAUGAGUAUCGCUGCUUUAUUACAAGCUGCCGAGUACCUGGAAAGGCGCGAAAGAGGUAAGUUUACCGCGUCGCCACCGUACCCCCCGCCACCGUUUGCCGACACCGCAGUCGCGACCGACGGAGCCGUUGCCGCCGCCACCGACCGCGUAAAUACCGUCGUAUUUUUUGCAGAAGCGGAACACGGAUAUGCUUCACCGAUGCCGAUCACGAUCGAUCUCAAAGGGUCUUCGAAGAGGCCAAAGACUAAGAAGUCGCAGGGAAGCCGAACAACUCAUAAUGAGCUGGAGAAAAACAGGAGAGCUCAUCUCAGAAACUGUUUGGAAAAACUAAAAGAAAUGGUCCCGCUGGGUCACGAAUCAUCCCGGCAUACAACUUUGGGUUUGCUGACUAAAGCCAAGCGGUUCAUAAAGAAUUUGGAAUCGCAAGAGAAAAAACACAUGAUGCACAAGGACACCCUGAGCCGAGAGCAUAGAUAUCUGCGGCGGAGACUAGACCAGUUGACCACCACAUUAAAUGUGAACAAACGCCGAUCUGUGUCCGAGUCGAGUAGCUACACGACCGCAUCUGGUGCAUCAACAUCGUCGUCCGCAUGCAGCACGUCUUCGUCGCCAUCUAUAUCUGAAUCGGACGAAGUGGACGUGACCGGAUGGGUGAGCGACACAGGCAGCGUACAAUCUGGGUCCAGCGAUAGCGGCGUUGCACUCUCUACUUGCCGCAUCACAUUAUCCGAAAUGGUCUUUUAGACAAACAAAUAUAUGUUGACCAAGACACGAAGAAGAUGACGACGAAUAUAACGGCAAAGAUGAA